CAUUCCAAUAGAUGGCAGUAAUGGACUAUUUUGUGGCUUACAGUCGCCAUAAAACUCGCGACGAACAUAAGGAGGAAGCAGAGGCUCCUGGCUGGGGUAAGAAUGGUGAUCAACUUCUGCUUGCCGCACUUUAAAACGACUGCUCAAUGCAAUAAGCUCUGUGCAGAUGGCUACGAUGUUUCCAAUCUUCUGUCUAGGGACCCAGCAGCUUUGCGACUAGGUUGCAGGCUGGAGUACUUCCUCCGUCCUCCACUACAUGUGACCCUGCACUUCCAAGUGAAGGUCGAUUUAUACCGUGUGGAUGUUGAACUUUUGCCCAGUGGUAAUGCCUCUAGGAAGCUUGAGGUUCUUACCUGCUCUGAGGUAAAACCUGCUAAUACCCAAGAAAAUGAUAAUGAUGGAGGACAAUUUAAGCUUGUGGGACGUUGUGAGCUGAGAGAUGAAGUGCUCUCGUGUUUUAAAAAUCCAAAUUUUAGACUCCGAACUCCCUUCCUUGAGUGCCCACCUGACCCUCCAGCCCAUGCAAGGGAGCAGGAGCUCUGGAGCCGGGGAUCUCAGUCCCUUAGCUCAGUGGCUAAACUUCGUAUCUCUGUCCCCUAUGUUGGGGCUUCUUCAGUGAUAGGAAUCAAGUCUUUGGCUGUAUGGGGUGUUCCUUCUCGCUGCUGUUCUUUUUCAGAAAUUGAACAAAUUCAGAAGGCCCAUUAUGACAGCUUGCAACCAAAGCGUUCUAAUUUUUCAAUUAAUUCACCUGUUUCUACCUCAGCAAAAUCUCAUAUGUCAGACAAUGCUUCCUCAGAAACAACUUUGCCUGAUGAAUUUCUGGACCCGCUGACUCAGGAGCUUAUGGUUCUGCCCAUGAUCUUGCCGAGUGGAAUAGUUAUAGACAAUAGCACCUUGGAAGAGUACGAAAAACAGGAAGCUAUUUGGGGACGGAUGCCUAAUGACCCCUUUACUGGUGUUUCUUUUACGAAAGACUCGAAACCGCUUCCUAACCCUCUCCUUAAGAAUCGCAUUGACAGCCUGCUGCUACAGACUGGCCACAUAGGAAUCAGAAGCAAGAACAGUCUACUAAACAAUCCUCGACCAUCCAGGCUCAUUUGUGCAUCAGAAUCUCAACCUGAUCUGGCUGUUCAGGGUUCACGAGCUGAUGCGCAGGCCCAGCAGCUUUAUUCGGUGUGUACUGAGCGCGCCUCACCACCUGCACAGAUGCUACAAAAACACUCAAUCAAUGAGGAAAAAAAUCAUAGUAGACUAACUAAGAGUUUGUCAAGAACUUUUGCGGAUAGGCAAGAGCUUAUAUUAAAGUCUACUUCUGGAACAAAUAUUAGAAAGGAGAACAUAGGACAGUCAAAGAAACAGAAAGCUCAGUCGAGCUUUUCUUCAACUAGUGAACAUUUGAUGGCCACUUUUUCAUCCCCCAUGACCAAAAUGCCAAGAACAGAUGCAGGAAUCGCCCUCCCCACAGAAACAAACUCUCAUGAGGAGCGUCUGUCUCAGAGUUUAGACCAGGCAUUAAGUUCUGCUCUGCAUGGUUUACCAACAUAUACCUCACAAAGCAACCUGGAACCAGAAACCACAGAAGGUCAGGGCAGAUGUGGGUCAUGUGCCUGUUCUUUGACUAUUUACUCUCCAAGCCCUGCAACUUACUCUCUUCCCUGUGGGCACCUGCUGUGCCGGCAAUGUCUUGAGCAUGAACACACUUUGAGGACACAGAGACUGACAAUUACAUGCCCUACAUGUCAAGCACCUGUCUCACCCAGCACCAUCAUAAGGGUGCACCAUUAAGCAUCAUUCAUUGCUGAUUAUGAAAUUCUGUUGUAUUAUGUCUGUCAGAUAAGUUAUACCAGAUAUAUAUUCUAUACUGUAUGCCAACAUUAGUAACAAGAUUAAAUUGACAUUGAAACUGA